AUGUCGGGCGGCGAGACCGAGUACUACUUCCAGAAUGGCGCACCCUGGUAUGAACGACCCGUAGCUUUCAUAAAAGACAUGCCGCAUGAGCCGUAUUUAGUGUCACUGUACCGCAGAAAUUAUAAUAAUUUCCCGAACUAUCAGCGCGCCAUUCAGGGUAACGGUUUGGACAAUGUGACGAAAUCCUUUCCAGCAAGGAUCGGCGAAGUGCUGGAGAUUGUCUGGUAUCUGGUGGGCGGCAGCCAGUACGGUGAUGUGUAUCCGCAUGCGUGGCACGCCCACGGUGACCAUUAUUACGACUGCGGCACCGGUCUGGGCACGUACGAUCCCAUGGCCAAUAAGGCCAGACUGCUGGAGCGACACGGACGAAUUAUUACGUCCAACCUGUACCGACAGGAUCCCAGUGCAGUAACACCGGUUCCCGGGAAGGUGUUUACCUGGAGGGCCAUGCGGUUGCGGGUGCAGAAUCCUGGUAUGUGGAUGAUUCACUGUCACCUGCUGUUCCCCAUGCUGAUGGGACUGCAGACAGGAUGGGUGUUUGGGGAACUGGAGCAUCUAACGCCGCUGCCGGCGCACUUAGUGAGAGGGUAUCUCUCUUACGGUGGAUCGGCCUACGGGAAUGCCACAUUCGCACCACGUGUACUACAUUACUGGCAUUAA